GUCAUCUCCAACCAGGGCUUCAGACCUCACACCCGCGGAUGUCACAUGGACACUUUGUUUCCGAUUAUUACACAACUGUAACAAAGUUACAAGUGAAAUGCGACUUCCUGUCCAGAGCUUCUAGUGCAAGCUGCUAUACCCUUGGCUGGAGGUCUCCGGGGGGUGCACACAACACAGCGACUUUAGUGGCUCCAGAAGAUGAGAAGGUCCCAUGUUUGGAAAGUUCUAUGUGCAGUGUGUUUUGGCCUGUGCCUGGCGGUCACGGUCCUCCGCGGUCCCGCUGACGUCCAGUGUCCGGACCCAUCGAACCCCUACCUCCAGAGAAGAGAAGUAGAGGACAACCGCUUGUUCGAUGUGAACCGGGACGCUCUGCAAAGUCUUGACAUCCCCUACAAAUAUCUGCUGGGUUCUCAGUCUGGAACAAAAAGAUUCCUAUCCAUUGGUAUAUCUUCUGUGAAGAGAAAGAAAGAAAGUUACCUGCUGGACACAAUCCAGUCAAUCUUCAUCCACAGCAGCCAGAGCGAGCGGGAUGAAUUGGUGGUGGUCAUCUACCUGGCGAACACAAAGUACACCGAUAACCAGGACACCGCAGAGGAAAUAAAGAAGCAUUUUGCUGCAGAGAUUGCUGCGGGUCAUCUGAUGGUCAUCAGCAGCUACAUCAAUGCCUACCCGCCUCUGGACGGCUUAAAGAGAAACUAUAAUGACCAUCCUGAAAGAGUGAGGUUUCGCUCCAAGCAGAAUGUGGACUAUGCCUUCCUAGUCAACUUUUGUGCCAACAUGUCUCAGUAUUAUCUUAUGUUAGAGGACGAUGUGACUUCUUCUAGGAACUUCCUUUCCUCAAUUAGGAAAUAUAUCGAGCAGUACACCUCCCCAUGGACUACUAUAACCUUUUCUAACUUGGGAUACAUCGGAAAGCUGUACCACAACGAGGACCUUCCAAAACUGACCCGCUUCUUGCUCCUCUUCUACGACGAGAUGCCAUGCGAUUGGCUUCUAGACCUGUUUUACCGAUCCAAAGCUCAAGGGGGCAUUAUCCGAUACAAACCGUCUCUCUUCCAACAUAUAGGAACAUUUUCCUCGUUUCAGGGAACAUACAAUAAACUGAAAGACAAAGACUUUGUAGAAGUUGUGAAUCCAUUCGGCGACCAACCUCUGGCCUCUUGCUUCACGGAUAUUAAGGUCUACAAAGAUAACACUCCAGAUAACAUUUGUUCUCCGGGUCCCAGCUUCUUCUGGGGAAUUGAAAUCGACUCUGGCAAAUAUUUCACAAUGGUUUUUCAAAAACCAAUUGACAUUCAAAAAAUUGCCAUAAUCACCGGGACUCCAGAACAUCCCAAGGAUACGCUGAAAUUGGGUAAUGUUCAGAUAGGACGACAAAAGGAGCAGAAAGGAGAAACCUGCAAAACCUUUACAAACAUUGGCCAGUUUGGAAAUGGAACAUUUGUACUUGAAAAUAUAGACCACGCUACAGGAGCAUUGAUAGACUGCCUUAAAAUUCAGGUUUCUGCUCCCCAGGCUGACUGGCUAUUGAUACAAAAAGUAGGUAUUUGGGUCAGGAAGGAGAAGAUACAGAAUGGCACCUCGUCUCAUGAUGUUUCGGUCUCUAGGGUCUGAAGAUAAAACUAGCUCCUGUAUAGUUGAUCACUAGUGUUGAGCGAACUUGUGUUUUUAAGUUCGGCGUCUAAAGUUCGGGUUAUUGGAGUAUCCCGUUAGGGAUUCCGCUACCACAGACCAUAACGGAAUUUAGAAUCCAUAACGGGAUACUUCGAUAACCCGAACCUGAACUUUAGACGCCGAACUUAAAACCCGAGUUCGCUCAACACCAUUGAUCACAUUGUAUGGAAUGAAUCCACUCCGGCUCUAUCCAGGACUUUCCGGGAUCCUCAUGGCUACCCUGCCCGACAUCAGAAUACAGACCAUGCUGUGACCAUCCGAAACACCUCCUAGCAUUUGUCAAGAAUUCGAAGCCGUUGGCAGAACUGAGUGACUAUGCUUUAUGUACAUAAAACUGCAAAGCACCUUAAACCCCCCAAGAGGUGGUCGCGCUGCCACUUCUAGGCUGUAGCGGCUGCACGACCACCUCUUUUGCGUAAACUACUGUUUGAUGUGAAUCGAGCCCACUUUACACGGAGGUCUGCGACGCCGAUAGAAGAUCUUCAUAACGCAGUGGUGAACUAUAAUUUAUUUAGUUUUUUUUGUUUUAAUUUAUUGCGGCUAAUCAGGCGGCAGCGCAUGAUUCUGUUUUUACCACAUUCCAGGAACCUUUUUUUCAUUGAUGUUGCUGUGCCAGGUAUCGACAUAAUAAACCAUCAGCCUUUGAGUUUUUUUUUACUUUUAAACUGUUUU